CAGCAACUCUCACUUCUAAUCCACCAAAGCUACAGAAAAAGAAAACCCAGUUUCAGUCUCAAAAAAAUUAAAAAUUAAAAAUAAAAAAGUGAAAAAUAGAAAGCUCUCAAACAAAUUAAACGUUUGUGGGUUGCAGCGGGAUAUGCUAUCUGGUGGUGAAGAGAAGCUCUCGGGGAUUAAUUAAUUUCUGAGAAUCUAACAUUAUUACUCACUGUUGUGUGUGGGGUAUUGGAUUCGUCAAAAUGACUCAAACCAACUGGGAAGCUGAUAAAAUGUUAGAUGUGUAUAUCCACGAUUAUUUAGUGAAAAGAGAUUUAAAGGCUUCAGCUCAGGCUUUUCAAGCUGAAGGAAAAGUGUCAUCAGAUCCAGUUGCUAUUGAUGCACCUGGUGGUUUUCUGUUUGAAUGGUGGUCUGUUUUCUGGGACAUAUUUAUUGCAAGGACCAAUGAGAAGCACUCAGAAGUUGCUGCAUCUUACAUUGAGACUCAGUUGAUUAAAGCACGGGAGCAACAGCAGCAGCAACAGCAGCAGCAGCAACAACAGCAGCAACAAUCUCAGCAACCACAGCAUCAACAACAGCAACUGCAGAUGCAACAGCUCCUGCUUCAGAGGCAUGCUCAUCAGCAACAGCAGCAGCAGCAACAACAGCAACAACAGCAGCAGCAGCAGCAGCAGCAACAACAACAACAGCAACAACAGCAGCAACAACAGCAGCAGCAGCAGUCACAGCAGCAGCAGCCACAGCGUCGAGAUGCGCCACAUCUUCUGAAUGGUGCUGCAAAUGGGCUUGUUGGUAAUGAUCCUCUCAUGCGACAGAAUCCUGGAACUGCCAAUGCCUUGGCUACAAAGAUGUAUGAGGAAAGAUUGAAAUUGCCACUUCAGAGAGAUUCUUUGGAUGAUGCUGCUAUGAAGCAAAGAUUUGGUGAUAAUGUCAGCCAGCUACUGGAUCCUAAUCAUGCCUCAAUAUUGAAAUCAGCUGCAGCAACUGGCCAGCCUUCAGGGCAAGUUUUGCAUGGCGCAGCAGGUGGGAUGUCUCCACAAGUCCAAGCUCGAAAUCAGCAACUGCCAGGGUCCAGUCCGGACAUAAAGAGUGAGAUCAAUCCUGUUUUGAAUCCAAGAGCUGCAGGUCCUGAAGCAUCAUUAAUUGGAAUUCCUGGCUCUAAUCAAGGCGGUAACAACUUGACGCUGAAGGGGUGGCCACUAACUGGACUGGAUCAGCUACGCAAUGGUCUUCUUCAGCAACAAAAACCAUUUAUCCAGGCUCCUCAACCCUUUCAUCAACUUCAGAUGUUGACACCACAACAUCAGCAGCAGCUUUUGCUUGCACAGCAAAAUAUGACAUCACCAUCUUCCAGUGAUGAGAGUAGAAGAUUGAGAAUGCUUUUGAAUAAUCGAAGUAUGACACUUGGAAAGGAUGGUCUUGCAAAUUCCAUUGGUGAUGUGGUCCCAAAUGUUGGAGCACCUCUACAAGCUGGUGGCCCUCUUUUGCCUCGUGGUGAGGCAGAAAUGUUAAUUAAGCUGAAAAUGGCUCAGCUUCAGCAGCAACAGCAGCAGCAACAACAACAACAGAACAGCAGUAAUCCACAGCAGCAGCCACUUCAGCAGCAUUCUCUUUCAAAUCAGCAAUCACAGAGUUCAAAUCACAAUCUUCAUCAACAAGAUAAAAUGGGAGGUGCUGGUAGUGUAACCAUGGAUGGGAGCAUGUCGAAUUCCUUUCGAGGAAAUGAUCAGGUCUCAAAAAACCAGACUGGGAGAAAGAGAAAGCAGCCUGUUUCAUCUUCAGGGCCUGCCAAUAGCUCAGGAACUGCAAACACAGCUGGGCCAUCCCCAAGUUCAGCACCCUCAACACCAUCAACUCACACACCUGGAGAUGUGAUUUCAAUGCCUGCAUUACCACAUACUGGUACUUCAUCCAAACCUUUGAUGAUGUUUGGCACUGAUGGGACUGGCACACUUACAUCGCCAUCAAAUCAGUUGGCUGACAUGGAUCGCUUUGUGGAGGAUGGAUCCCUUGAUGAAAAUGUGGAAUCUUUUUUAUCCCAUGAUGAUACUGACCCUAGAGAUACAGUUGGUCGUUGCAUGGAUGUUAGUAAAGGGUUCACAUUUACGGAAAUAAGUGCUGUUCGAGCAAGCACAAGCAAAGUCAUUUGCUGCCAUUUCUCAUCAGAUGGAAAAUUACUUGCUAGUGGUGGCCAUGACAAAAAGGUGACUAGAAGAUAGGUUGACCUUUUAUGCUCUUAAGUGCAUUAAUCUUUUGCUGUAAGAACACCAAAUAUGAGGUGCAAGAAGAAUAUGGAUUUUUUAGUCGAUUUUGAUUAUGGAAAAUCAUGUAAAUUCUUUUACUUUAUUUUGCAGCCUGGUUAUUCACUGCGUACCUUUAUGGGGCAUUCAGCUUUCUGUUAUGUCCACUGGACUUCCACCCAAAUAAAAGAUGAUCUCAUUUGUUCUUGUGAUGGUGAUGGUGAAAUACGAUACUGGAGCAUAAAUAAUGGGAGCUGUGCUAGAGUGUUCAAGGGUGGUACAGCCCAGAUGAGGUUUCAACCUCGUCUUGGAAGGUAUCUUGCUGCUGCAGCAGAGAAUGUUGUAUCUAUAUUGGAUGUGGAAACACAGGCUUGUCGGCAUUCACUGCAGGGACAUACUAAACCAAUACAUUCUGUGUGUUGGGAUCCUUCUGGUGAGUUUCUAGCAUCUGUCAGCGAGGACUCUGUCAGAGUUUGGACACUUGGUUCCGGUAGUGAAGGUGACUGUGUUCAUGAAUUGAGCUGUAACGGCAACAAGUUCCAUUCAUGUGUUUUCCAUCCUACUUAUCCGUCCUUGCUAGUCAUUGGCUGUUACCAGUCUUUAGAGCUUUGGAACAUGAGUGAGAACAAGACAAUGACUCUAUCAGCCCAUGAAGGGCUUAUCGCAGCUUUGGCCGUAUCAACUGUUACCGGGUUGGUUGCUUCAGCCAGUCAUGACAAGUUUGUGAAGCUGUGGAAAUAAUAUGAUUGUUUCCCCCCUCAAGAGAAUGCCGGGGGAAACAUGAUUAGGUCUUAUUUUUAGAGGGUCAAUCAAAUGUUUGUAGUUUUGUCGUUAUCUUGCCAAAUCUGGCCAUUUUGUGUUUUGUUGGAAAAUCAGCUUUGGAUAACCCUAACUAACCUCGAACUCGUCUUCUAUGUUUGGUUAGAGGUCAUGCUGUUGUUCAAUGUCUGACUUGUGACAUGUAACAUCUCUGGUUGAGUAUCAUGACUGGUUGUUAUGCUGUCCACUCUUUUAAUCUUUUACGGUACGGACUAUACAUUCCAUGGUGUGGAAGCGUUCACUUUACGCACGCUCAUUUUCAUAUUCGUAAUGUUAGAUGUGACAAUUCAUGUCAGCUCGUA